AUGUUCGAUUUCGCUUGUACAGCAAUUCGUUUUUCAGUGGUAAUAGUCCGCAGGUCACAAAAAUUUUCGGAAUCAUUUCGCAAGAAGGAGCCUAAUCGUAAGCUGUCAAGCGCUCGAAUGCCAUUGUGGAAAUUGGCUGUCAAUGGAAUUACAUUUGCUGUAUUUAAUUCAUUCUACGCUUGCUUUGCUCUAUUUAUGUUAGGGCAACAUAAAUGCUAUUUCCAGCUGCAUUUUGGAAGAAUGAUGCGCGUUAUUGGCCUUACACGGCUAGCUUUGCUAAUGAGGAUACUCCUGGAUGUACUGAUCAGUUUCACGAUUGAUUAUCAGAUUCGCUUGGAACUGCUCGGUUACUUUGGUCUGGAAGGCAUCGAACCCUCUGAAACACAAUCAUCUCAGCGCGUUGGUCCAGCUGAACGCACACAGAGCGAAGAACUAACCUCCGACCCGGUCACCAGACGCUCGGGCCAGUGGCGAAGUGCCAGUUGCAUGGCGCAUAUAUCCACUCAGACUGACAAGGACAAAAAAAAGAACAACAAUUCCAGCUCCAAUAACAAUACCUCCAAUGACGGAUGA